AUGGCAAGCGAUUCAGGGAUGGUGACUGGUACCGGGGCAGGUGUGAAGACAACCAAGAUCAACAUCAUGAUGCGAGAGAGUCCUUCCAGGGCCCUAAUGGGCGUGGUCGCUGUGACCCCCAAGAUCGCAAUGAUAGAGAUCAGCGCCCAAAUCACCAAGGCUUUAGAGAUCUGGAUCCAAGAAACUAUCAAGGCCGUAAGCGUGCUGUGGAUGCAUUUACCUGAACCAAAACAGGAGGGUAAAGUUGAGAAUGACGCACCAAUUAGAGCUCUGGUUUCUGUACUUGAGGGUCAUGAUAUAUUAGCUGUUCUAGAAGAAACAAAGUUAGACCCUGAUGUUUUUCAAGUGCUACAAUCAGUGUGGGUUAGAGCUAUGGGGAUACCUGACAAUGCAAGGACAAAGUUUGCUAUCAUGGAAUUGGCUAGGCUGGUGGGUGAUCCUGAGGAAGUCCAUCUACCUUCUCUUCACUGGAGGUCUAUCUGGGUAAAAGUAUCUUGUAAGAAUCCUAAUCAGAUUGGGGGAACGUCUGAAGUUUUCAUUAACAAGAAAGGAAGAAGGAUCUCUUGGUAUUACUCUAAUAAGUUGCAGAAAUAUCCACCAAACAAACCUGAUGAUGAUGAGGAUGAUUUAGAUGACAAUGAGGAUGACAUUACUAAUGAAGAAGACCCUGAAUCCCAGGAAAGCCAUGGUUGGUUGGAGUCUGGCAAACCACCACCAAAUGAAUCAUCUGCUCCAACUGGUGCUGGAACUUCAAACUAUCAGGGCAAGAAGGCAAAUAUGUCAGUCCCUCAAAGCAAUUAUGAAGGUAUUGGAGUUAAAAUAGAUUUCCCUCCAUCCAUUGAUGUGAUUCAGGAAAUGCAAAAUUUAGCUUUAAAACUGAACCCCCAAGGGGAGGUAGCACAGAUUGAAGGAGUUCAGAAAAUGUCUGAGAUGCAGUCUGGAACCACACUAGGCACAAUUCAAACUAUCUCUUUGAUGAAUGUCCCCUCUUUAGAGUUUGUAGAGGAUGAUCAAAUGUCAGGACAACUCUCUGAUGAACCUGAUGACAAGGGAGGCGCUGAGAGGCCAACUACAGUGACAAACAUGCAAGAGAAUCUCACUGCCUACAAGCAGGCAGAUAAACCUGAAGAUAGUAUAGUAAGUAAAACAGGUGCUUCUUGUGAUGAUAGUGAAGAUGGAGAAAAGUUAGAGGAUUCUUAUAAAGAUGCUGGGUAUCAGGGGAAUGAUAAUGGAGGCACACAGAUGAAGCUCCCAGACCUACAGCAAAAAGGCAUGGCUAUGAUCAACUAG